AUGCACGAAUCCGUCUCACGCCAGUCCAGGGACUCCAUAAAGGACGUCUGGGGUCCUCGGACACCAUACAAGCACGAAUGGCCCACCCGCGUCGACGAGCAUGUCAUUGAAGAACCCGAGAAGUGGGUGCAGAGUGCUUGUGUCCUUUGCAGUAACGGCUGUGGAAUGGACAUAGGGGUCAAGAAUGGCAAAGUUGUCGGAGUCCGCGGACGCGCAACUGACCGCGUGAACAAGGGCAGACUGGGUCCCAAGGGAUUACACGGAUGGCAGUCUAUGAACAGCGCCGAUCGUCUCACCCACCCCCUGGUCCGGAAGAACGGCCGUCUCGAACGCGCAUCAUGGGACGAAGCUAUGGGCCUCAUUGUCUCCAAAACGAAAGAUGUCCGCGAACGGUUAACUAACCACGGAAUCGGAUUUUACACAUCUGGCCAACUUUUUCUUGAAGAGUAUUACGUCCUGGCUCUGGUAGGGAAAGGAGGUCUGAAUACACUUCACAUGGAUGGCAACACUCGGCUUUGCACAGCGACAGCGGCAGCUGCCAUGCGCGAGUCCUUUGGCUCUGACGGACAGCCAGGAUCUUACACAGACAUCGACUAUACUGCCUGCAUUUUCAUGGUGGGCCACAAUAUGUCAGCCACCCAGACGGUUCUUUGGUCACGCAUUCUUGAUCGUCUGGAGGGGCCAGAUCCUCCACGUCUCAUUGUGGUGGACCCACGGCUAUCAGGCAGCGCAAAGAGGGCGACCGUGCAUUUGGCGCCCAAGAUCGGGACGAACAUGGCGCUCCUGAAUGGAGUUCAGCAUCUCAUGUUCAAAAAUGGCUGGAUCAACGAAGACUACUUAUCUAAGCAUGUCGUCAACGUGGAAAACCUGCGGGAAAAAGUACGGUCGUACACGCCCGAGAUGGUUGAGAAGAUUACAGGUGUUCCCAAAGCGCAACUGGAAGAGGCCGCCAAAAUCAUCGGAACGACGGAAUCCCUUUUGUCGACUUGUCUGCAGGGCGUGUACCAGUCAAAUCAAGCAACCGCCAGCGCCUGUCAAGUCAACAACAUCAACCUUCUGCGUGGCAUGAUUGGUAAACCCGGCUGCGGCAUAUACCAAAUGAAUGGCCAGCCUACGGCUCAAAACAACCGCGAAGCCGGUUGUGACGGCGAAUACCCUGGUUUCCGGAACAACAACAAUCCAGAGCACAUGAAGGAGUUAGCGAAGCUCUGGAACAUUGACUACGAGAAGCUGCCACACUGGAACCAACCGACGCACAUCCAGAACAUGCUGAACUAUAUCGCCAGUGGAACAAUCGAAAUGUUUUGGAUCAGCGGCACCAAUCCGCUUGUCAGUCUACCGAACCUUCCUAGAGCCCGGGAGCUUCUGACAAAGCCGGAACUAUUCGUCGUGUGUCAAGAUAUAUUUAUGACCGAAACAGCUGCUAUAGCGGACGUGGUACUCCCAGCGGCGCAAUGGGCAGAAAAGACGGGUUGUUUCACAAACGUGGAUCGUACCGUGCAUCUUUCCCAUAAAGCCGUCGAGCCCCCGGGCGAAGCAAAGUCGGAUCUGGCCAUAUGGGUCGAUUUUGCAAGAAGGAUGGAUUUCCGGGACAAGGAUGGCAACCCGCUCAUUCCGGGGGAGACACCGGAAGAGAUUUUCGAGGCCUGGAAGAAACUAUCGAAGGGCAGACCAUGCGACUAUAGCGCACUGACUUACGGAAAGCUUACGGGUGGGUCGGGGCUUCAGUGGCCGUGCAAUGAUGACCAUCCAAACGGGAAAGAGAGGCUUUUCGACGAUGGCCAUUUCUUCACCGACGCUGAGUACUGUGAGAGUUUUGGUCACGACCUGGAAACGGGCGCACCUUACACAAAAGAUCAGUACCUCGCGAUGAAUCCUGCCGGCCGCGCCAUUCUGAAGGCUUGCCAUUACCUUGCGUCCGAAGAGGAGCCUGACGACGAGUUCCCGCUGCGGCUGUCCACGGGGAGGAACGUGUAUCACUUUCAUACUCGGACGAAGACCGGAAGAUCGCGGGCUUUGCAAGAAGCCUGUCCGGAGCCGUAUGUUCAGGUAUCCAACGAGGACGCAGCUGAAAUAGGUAUUGAGGACGGCGAGGAGGUACUUGUCCGGUCGAAACGAGGUGCAGUCCAACUCAAGGCUCAAGUCGGUAAACCGGCCAAAGGACAGGUCUUCCUUCCUUUCCAUUUCGGAUAUUGGGAUGCGAAAGAUGAAAGAGCCAGGGCCGCGAAUGAGUUAACGACGGAGCGGUGGGACCCGGUGUCCAAGCAGCCACGCUUCAAAGAUGGCGCAGUCCGAAUCGAGAAACUGCCCAAAACGAACGGCGAAGUCCAGAUUCAUGCGAAAGAGCAACAGUCCUCUUCUGAGAAACGCGUAUCGCGUGACAAGCAGAAUGCCGCUGAUGACAGCCACGACACCAAACGCGAGCGGCAUCUCGAGCAUUGGUUCGGCGCUACGUACGAGUCUGUCGAACUUCUGACUGAGAUCUAUGCCAGCCUUAUCCCCAACAUCACGAAUGACUUCGAAAUUCUCCAAGGAUUGCAGAUCUUGAAGUCCAUCGCGCACAGCACCUGCGAGAUACUCGAGCCCUUCGUUGAGAAAUAUACAGCUGAUGAGCAGUACGGAAAGCGGAUAUCUCAUGCCUUGAGGGAUAGCGUGUUCCCGUACGGCCAAGAAGAGGGGGAUACGCAUGCCUAUGCAGCACUCGCUGGACUGCUUGGGCUGCAGAUUUAUCUAAGCAACAUUGAAGGUCAUCUCAAUGCCCUUGUACCAGCCAGCUUAGCUCUCUGGGAUUCGCAGUUUAGUGAUGCAGUUGGGGCGGCGAUGCAGAACAUUGCGAGGAGUCAGGCGUGGGUCAAGCACCAGAUCACCGUGCGGAGUCCGCAAACGCUUGUUGUGCCUAGUUUGAUUGAGCGGCGGGAUGUUUGA